AAGGCGCAUGCGCAUUACGCCUGACCCUCCGGUUUCUGCGUGCACUGCCACGUUAGUAGCGGUAGACACAAAAUACCAGCUACUCUCCCAACCUUAAACGAGGGGAAACGGACCUGAAACUAACACCUGUUCCUCCACCACAGCCGUAGCCGAGCUCGUCCGAACCUUUCGUCUAUUUUAGGGAAGAAAACUCGACGGCGACGAUGUUGAAGUUUCUGAUUUUCUGCACACUGGCUGUGGCCAUCAACGCUGAGAUAGCCGAGGAAGAAGAUGUCCUGGUGCUGAAGAAGAGUAACUUCGACGAGGCUCUCCAGGCUCACCCCAACAUCCUGGUUGAGUUCUAUGCCCCAUGGUGCGGUCACUGCAAGGCCCUGGCUCCAGAGUAUGCCAAGGCUGCUGGCAUGCUGAAGGCAGAGAGUUCAGACAUCCGCCUGGCUAAAGUGGACGCCACAGAGGAAACAGAACUCGCCCAAGAGUACGGCGUCCGGGGAUACCCCACCAUAAAGUUCUUCAAGGGUGGAGACAAGGAAUCUCCCAAAGAGUACUCAGCUGGCAGGCAGGCGGAUGACAUCGUCAACUGGCUGAAGAAGCGCACAGGGCCCGCCGUCGCCACCCUGAAUGAGGUCACCGACGCAGAGUCUCUGAUCGCUGAUAAUGAGGUGGCAGUCAUCGGAUUCUUCAAGGAUGCAGAGUCUGCUGGUGCCCAGGCCUAUGAAAAAGCAGCUCAGGCCAUAGAUGACAUUCCCUUCGCCAAGACCUCCAGCGAUGCCAUUUACUCCAAGUUUGAAGUGUCCAAGGACAGCGUUGUCCUCUUCAAGAAGUUUGAUGAGGGACGCAAUACCUUCGAUGGUGAGCUGACCAAAGAAGCGCUUCAGUCCUUUGUCAAGGCCAACCAGCUGCCCCUGGUCAUUGAGUUCACCGAGCAGACUGCCCCUAAAAUCUUCGGCGGAGAAAUCAAGUCCCACAUCCUCAUGUUCCUGCCCAAAGCUGCCUCAGACUUCCAGGACAAAAUGGACCAGUUUAAGAAGGCCGCAGAGGGAUUCAAGGGUCAGAUCCUGUUCAUCUUCAUCGACAGUGACAUUGACGACAACCAGCGAAUCCUGGAGUUCUUCGGCCUGAAGAAAGAGGAGUGCCCUGCCAUCCGCCUCAUCACUCUGGAGGACGAGAUGACCAAGUACAAGCCAGAGAGCGACGCCAUCACUGCAGAAAGCAUCACUCAGUUCUGCAAACUGUUCACUGAGGGCAAACUCAAGCCCCACCUCAUGAGCCAGGACAUCCCUAAAGACUGGGACAAAAACCCUGUCAAGGUUUUGGUCGGCAAAAACUUUGAGGAGGUCGCCUUCAAUCCCUCCAAGAAUGUCUUUGUGGAAUUCUAUGCACCAUGGUGUGGACACUGCAAACAGCUGGCUCCAAUCUGGGAGAAGCUGGGAGAGAAGUACAAGGACAGCGCCGACACUAUUGUAGCCAAAAUGGACUCCACAGCCAAUGAGAUUGAGGCUGUCAAAGUCCACAGUUUCCCCACUUUGAAGUUCUUCCCUGCAGGAGAAGAGCGCAAGGUGAUCGACUACAACGGGGAGAGAACACUUGAGGGCUUCACCAAGUUCCUGGAGAGUGGCGGCAAAGAAGGCGGUGCCCCUGCAGGAGAUGAUGACGAUGACCUGGAACCUGAGGACUUGGAAGACGUGGAGGACGACUCCGAUAGUGAGGACGGCACUGACGACGAUGGACACGAUGAGUUGUAAACGUCGGCAGAAACGGAGAGAGAGGAGAGUCCCGCCCUAACCCUCCCAAACAGUCACCAUCACCACCUUCACUUCUUUGUGGACCUUCCCUGUCCUGUGAACAUUCAUUAUUCCCCUUUAACUGCCUCUCAGUCAGUCAGUAAGCUGGCCUGAUAACAGCCCACCAGCUAGUCAGUCCAUCAUUGGCAUGGCAGGGCUUUUUUUCUUUCUUUCUUUUUUUUAACCCCCUCCCCGGCUCGUCACAUCUGCAACCUCCAAACCUCUGGCUCAGACUGGUCUUGUCCCACCUGGCGGGACCCUGUGGAACAGUGCACCAUUUCCUGUGGGAGACCUCAAUGCCUUGUCUGCAAAGCUCCACAUCAGCUGUCUGCCUUGUAUAUUUUGAACCAAAUGUAAGAAAGAGAAAAAAAAUGGCAUUGAGAUCCAAGUUUUCAAAAUGUUUGUUUUUCCACACGCCCCCCUCCUUUUAAAGAGUCGUUGCUGUUCAUUUGUUCAGUGUGGGUAUCAGCAAAUCGAGCGUUGUAACCUAUGUUUGUAUGUAAGGGGGGGGCGGGCUGCUGCCAGUGUUCUUCUCCCUCUGAUAGGACCACAGGUUUGUGUGACAGUUUUGUAAGGACUGAUCUCUCAGGGGAAAAGGGGCCAUCCUGUAGAUGUUUUCACUAAAAUAAACCCCCAUGGUGUAGCACAAAGAG